AAUCUUGAACAGCUUGUAGGAAGUAAACAUAACAUGAACCCAAGCAGCGGAAUACAGGAGAGAAAGGGAGUAAUCUAAACUGCUUUAAACAACCAAAAAUGGAUCGAUUUUCGUGGACCAAUUCGCGAACUGAAUUAAAUGAAACGUAUGUGAUCGAGCAGCGUGGUGUCAGACUGUAUGACGGCGACGAAAAGGCUAAGCUGAAUGUCGGAACUGCCUUUUUGACCACCCAUCGGUUGAUCUGGGGUGAUAUUAAAUAUGAGGAUUCCUGCCUAGCCUUCCCCCUGUCACAGAUCAUCUUCAUUGAGGAGCAAGCUGGAGGCUUAGGAAAGAGUGCGAAAAUAGUAAUUCACCUGCAUCCAGCACCUGAAAACAAGGAACCAGGUCCCUACAACAGCAGCAAGUACUCCUACAUCAAGCUGUCCUUUAAAGAACACGGCCAGAUUGAGUUUUACAGGAGGCUAACAGAGGAGAUGACUCUGAAAAGGUGGGAGAACACACCAAUUUCAAAACCGAUCUCCACAGGAACUGGGUCUCAGGGAGGAAGGACGCGUGCAGUGGGGAUUGUUGGUAUUGAGAGGAAGAUAGAGGAGAAGAGAAAAGAAUUGGACAAAAACAUUUCUGAGGCCUUCGAGGACCUCAGUCAGCUGAUGGUGAAGGCCAAAGAGAUGGUGGAGCUGUCCAGAUCUAUAGCCAACAAGAUCAAAGAUAAGCAGGGGGACAUAACAGAAGAUGAGACAGUACGGUUUAAGUCCUACCUUCUGAGCAUGGGUAUUGCUAACCCCGUUACCAGGGAAACACAUGGAUCGGGUACACAUUAUCACCUACAGCUGUCAAAGCAACUGGGAGAUAUGCUGCAGGCCCCUCUUGAGGAGCGUGGCGGUAUGAUGGCUCUCACAGAGGUGUACUGUCUCGUCAACCGCGCUAGAGGGAUGGAGCUGUUAUCUCCAGAAGAUUUGGUAAACGCCUGUAAAAUGUUUGAGUCACUGAAGCUUCCGUUGAGACUGCGUGUGUUUGACAGUGGUGUGAUGGUGGUCCAGCUGCAGUCUCACAGCGAAGAGGAAAUGAUAGCCUCCGCACUGGACAAUGUGUCGGAGAAAGGUUCCUUGACAGCAGAGGAGUUUGCAAAACUCUUGGGUCUCUCUGUUCUUUUGUCCAAAGAGCGAUUGUUGCUGGCUGAGAAGAUGGGCCACCUGUGUAGAGAUGACUCUGUUGAGGGUUUGAGAUUCUACCCGAACCUGUUCUGACCUCUUUGCAGUCAUUAUUGUUGACAUAGAGCUGUUUCUGCUGAUAGACGGAUGCAUUAAAACAAUCAUCUGACCUCUACAUAUGCCACAGGGUGUUUUCCUGUUAUAGUUUCUACGCUGUAAUGUACUUAUCCAGUAUCAAAUUUUGUUUGGUUGGAAGUUUGAAUGGUUCUGAUGCACUGUCUAAAUCUCGAGCUACAAGUUGGCCAGAUUCUGUCUUCAAAAUUUGUCAGAUGGAUUAGCCGUCAACCAGAAAAUAAUUUGACAAAUAUUGUGCAUGAAUGAAAAGGAAUAUCGAUGUACUCUGUUAGAGUGAUUGUCAUGUGUAUUUAGUAAUAAAUGGGUUUGGGUAUAA